GGCUGUCAGCCGCCCGCGGAGGAGGAAGCUGCGGGCCGCGUGCGGUUUGAGGGGCGGGACCUGGAGGCCUGCGGAGGGUCUGGCAGCAGAGGCAGGGCCAUGCGGGAGCGCCGGGGCGUGGGGCCGCCGGGGUCGGUGGUGGUGGUCGCCACCGUGGUGCUGCUGCUGAGCGGCGUGGGGCCGGCGCGCGGCUCCGAGGACAUCGUGGUGGGCUGCGGGGGCUUCGUCAAGUCGGACGUGGAGAUCAACUACUCGCUCAUCGAGAUAAAGUUGUACACCAAGCAUGGGACUUUGAAAUACCAGACAGACUGUGCCCCUAACAAUGGUUACUUUAUGAUCCCCUUGUAUGAUAAGGGAGAUUUCAUUCUGAAGAUUGAGCCUCCUUUAGGGUGGAGUUUUGAGCCAACCACCGUGGAGCUCUACGUGGAUGGUGUGAGCGACAUCUGCACGAAGGGCGGGGACGUUAACUUCGUGUUCACGGGCUUCUCCGUGAAUGGAAAGGUUCUCAGCAAAGGGCAGCCCCUGGGGCCCGCAGGAGUUCAAGUGUCUCUGAGAAACACAGGCACAGAAGCAAAGAUCCAGUCCACAGUCACACAGCCGGGAGGAAAGUUUGCGUUUUUUAAAGUUCUUCCUGGAGAUUACGAAAUCCUUGCAACUCAUCCAACCUGGCCAUUGAAAGAGGCGAGCACGACUGUACGAGUAACGACCUCCAACGCCAAUGCCGCGGGCCCCCUCAUAGUGGCUGGCUACAACGUGUCUGGCUCUGUCCGCAGUGACGGGGAACCCAUGAAAGGGGUGAAGUUUCUUCUCUUCUCUUCUUUAGUAACCAAAGAGGAUGUCCUGGGCUGCAACAUCUCCCCAGUGCCCGGGUUCCAACCCCAAGAUGAGAGUCUGGUGUAUUUGUGCCACGCAGUCUCCAAAGAAGACGGCUCCUUCUCCUUCUAUUCGUUGCCGAGUGGGGGCUAUACUGUGAUUCCAUUCUAUAGAGGGGAGAGGAUUACCUUUGACGUUGCUCCUUCUAGACUUGACUUUACAGUGGGACAUGACAGCCUGAAAAUUGAGCCUGUGUUCCACGUCAUGGGAUUCUCUGUCACUGGGAGGGUCUUGAACGGACCUGAAGGAGAGGGUGUCCCGGACGCGGUGGUCACCCUGAACAACCAGAUCAAAGUCAAAACAAAAGCCGAUGGCUCGUUCCGUCUGGAGAACAUAACAACCGGGACGUACACCAUCCACGCCCAGAAGGAGCACCUCUACUUUGAAACCGUCUCAAUCAAAAUCGCACCCAACACGCCUCAGCUGGCUGACAUCAUCGCCACAGGGUUCAGUGUCUGUGGCCAGAUAUCAAUCAUUCGCUUCCCCGACACUGUCAAGCAGAUGAGUAAAUACAAAGUUGUCCUGUCCUCUCAAGACAAGGACAAGUCUUUGGUCACCGUGGAGAUGGAUGCCCAGGGAUCAUUCUGUUUUAAAGCAAAACCAGGGACCUACAAAGUCCAGGUGAUGGUUCCUGAGGCGGAGACCAGAGCGGGGCUGAUGUUGAAGCCGCAGAUGCUGCUUCUGGCUGUGACUGACAGGCCUGUGAUGGACGUGGCCUUCGUGCAGUUUUUGGCAUCGGUUUCAGGGAAAGUCUCUUGUUUGGACACUUGCGGUGACCUGCUGGUGACCCUGCAGUCCCUGAGCCGCCAGGGUGAGAAGCGGAGCCUCCAGCUCUCCGGCAAGGUCAACUCGAUGACUUUCACGUUUGACAACGUGCUGCCCGGAAAAUACAAAAUCAGCAUCCUGCAUGAAGACUGGUGCUGGAAGAACAAGAGUCUAGAGGUGGAGGUUCUGGAGGACGACGUGUCAGCGAUUGAGUUCAGGCAGACGGGCUAUAUGCUGAGAUGCUCCCUUUCUCACGCCAUCACUCUGGAAUUUUAUCAGGAUGGAAAUGGACCUGAGAACGUGGGGAUUUAUAACCUCUCCAAAGGCGUCAACCGAUUCUGCCUGUCCAAGCCCGGCGUGUACAAGGUGACCCCUCGCUCCUGCCACCGGUUCGAGCAAGCGUUCUACACCUAUGACACGUCUUCACCCAGUAUCUUGACGUUGACAGCCAUUCGCCACCACGUCCUUGGAACUAUCACCACUGACAAAAUGAUGGAUGUCACUGUGACUAUCAAAUCUUCCAUCGACAGUGAACCCGCCCUGGUCCUCGGCCCUCUGAGGUCCACGCAGGAGCUGCGGAGGGAGCAGCAGCUGGCCGAGAUCGAGAGCCGCAGGCAGGAGAGGGAGAAGACCAGUGGAGAGGAGGGGGUUGAGGGAAGGACCAAGCCCCCCGUGCAGGAGAUGGUGGACGAGUUACAGGGCCCCUUCUCCUACGACUUCUCCUACUGGGCACGGUCUGGAGAGAAAAUCACGGUCACACCCUCGUCUAAAGAGCUGCUCUUUUAUCCUCCUUCCAUGGAAGCCACCGUCAGUGGAGAAAGCUGCCCAGGGAAGUUGAUUGAGAUCCAAGGGAAAGCAGGCUUAUUUCUGGAAGGCCAGAUCCACCCAGAGUUGGAAGGAGUGGAGAUUGUCAUCAGUGAAAAGGGGGCGAGUUCACCUUUGAUCACAGUCUUUACUGACGACAGAGGUGCCUAUAGUGUUGGGCCACUGCACAGUGACCUGGAGUAUACCGUGUCCUCGCAGAAGGAGGGCUACGUUUUGACUGCGGUGGAAGGAACCAUAGGCGACUUUAAGGCUUAUGCCUUGGCAGGCGUGAGCUUUGAGAUAAAAGCUGAAGACGACCAGCCCCUCCCUGGGGUCCUCUUAUCCCUCAGCGGUGGUGUGUUUCGUUCCAACCUCUUGACUCAGGAUAACGGCAUUCUGACCUUCUCAAACCUGAGCCCCGGCCAGUAUUACUUCAAGCCCAUGAUGAAAGAAUUCCGGUUUGAGCCAUCCUCGCAGAUGAUUGAGGUGCAGGAAGGGCAGAACUUGAAGAUCACCAUCACCGGCUACCGCACGGCCUACAGUUGCUACGGUACGGUUUCUUCCUUAAACGGAGAGCCAGAACAGGGUGUUGCUGUGGAAGCAGUGGGCCAGAACGACUGCAGUAUUUAUGGAGAAGACACCGUGACGGACGAAGAAGGGAAGUUCAGGUUACGUGGAUUGCUGCCGGGAUGUGUAUACCACGUUCAGCUCAAGGCAGAAGGCAACGACCACAUUGAACGGGCCCUGCCUCACCACCGGGUCAUCGCGGUUGGGAAUAACGACAUCGAUGAUGUGAACAUCAUAGUUUUCCGGCAGAUAAAUCAGUUUGACUUGAGUGGAAAUGUGAUCACUUCAUCCGAGUAUCUUCCUACAUUAUGGGUAAAGCUUUACAAAAGUGACAACCUGGACAACCCGAUCCAGACGGUCUCCCUGGGCCAGUCCCUCUUCUUCCACUUCCCGCCCCUGCUCAGAGACGGCCAGAGCAAGCUAUCGUGGCUGGCGCGGUGGCAGCAAACUUUGCAGAGAACUUGGUCCCUUUCCGGGGGACUUAGCCUGAGGAACUACGUGGUGCUUCUGGACUCCACGCUGCCCAGGUCCCAGUAUGACUACGUCCUGCCGCAAGUGUCCUUCACAGCAGUGGGCUAUCAUAAACACAUCACCUUGAUCUUUAAUCCCACGAGGAAGCUGCCCGAGCAGGACAUCGCGCAGGGAUCCUACAUUGCCCUGCCGCUGACACUGCUCAUCCUGCUGGCUGGCUACAACCAUGACAAGCUCAUUCCCUUGCUGUUGCAGCUGACAAGUCGCCUGCAGGGAGUCCGAGCUCUCGGCCAGGCAGCCUCUGACGGUAGCGGCCCGGAAGACGCGAAGAGACAAGCCAAGAAACAGAAGACGAGGCGGACGUGAGGGGAAGAGGCCAGGAAGUCUCCCUCGGGACAGGCCCCUGGCGUGGAGGACAUGCUGCGUGUCCCCACCUGCCCCUCGCCUGGCCCCAGUGCCAUACCGUGAAUGGACCCUCCUGUCACUCUGCUGAGCACAAUUGAUUCUCUGAGUUGAAGAUAAUUUAUUAUUAUUAUUUUUGUCAAAGAAGUAUUUAAGCUGUGCCGGUGGUGUGCGAAUGUAAUCCUUAGUCUUCUGCUUCAUUUGCAAGAAGAGUUCUAGUAAAUGGGGGCUCUGGCCCCCUAAUCAAGCACCUGUUGGAUUGACCUUCCCCUUAACUUCCCUGUGCAUUUGAGGUCCCUGCUAGAAACCACACAGCCCCUGUCUACUACUGGGAGGGUGUGUUAGGAGGUAAAACUCAAUAAAGUUGCCCGUUUGUUUGUGUUGUAGGUCAUCUCAGGUGUAGUCCUUGGAUGACAUGGGCCUAAUGCUGGGGUCACCGACUAAGCCGCCUGGAGGGGCACGUGGGUCCUGAGUGAAGGCGAGAUGACACACGGCAGCCGGCUUUUGGCCUCAGUGGUAGGAAGACGGGGGAGGAGGGGUUGUGGCACAGCAAAGAGCCCCACCCCCACCUGACCUAAAGGAGCCUGAGGUUCUCGGGGGAUCUGGCUCCCUGGUGCCCUGUGGGAACAUGCGUUCAUUUUUCUAGAGAAGCCAGGAAGAUAGUUUUACGUGA